AUGAAGGUGAAAAUGUGCCUGCCGAAAGUGAUGGAAGUGCUUCAAAUGAACAAUUUGGGAUAUUGGGAAAAGAUUCGCAAAUUGAAACCGAUAAACGCUCGUUGCGGGAAAGUGCCCACGAAAUUGAUCCGGAAAUUCAUCGAAGAGUACGGACUGGAGUUCAAUCCUUUUGAGAUAUUUAGAAUCAAUCACCCGGAUCUCGAGGCUCCAUGGGUGCAAUGGCCGACGAUUUCGAUGCCCGAAAGGAUCGCCUUUAUGGACAUUAUUCAAAAAAAUAUCUCCGAAUCCCAAAUGAAAGACGAGAUUGAUCAGUGGGGAGCCAAAUUGGCUCCGAAAGUUAAGGAGAUGUUCGAUGUUUGGCAUGCAAAUUACACAAAAUCCCUGAAAAAGGGGCGCUUGGAAAUCGUGGAUUCGGUGGAGAAAAUCUCAAAAUCAAUCGAUGAAAUCGUUGAGCUGAGAAAAGAUUUCGAGUUGACUUUCGUCGAAGAGCACUCGAAAAUCGCGACAAUUCUGCGAAAAUUGACGAAACGACAACGACAUCUGUUACGCGAGGUCGCCUGGAUGGAGUUGAGGGUCCUCGACGAGUAUCCCUUUUCAAAUACGGUCUUCCCAAGCAAAUCGCUUAUCCGU